UCGAUGAGUGCUAAAUUACCGACACUUUUCCUCUGUACUUGAAUGCAUCAUGAGAAAACCAUGUGUCCGUGGAGUGACGUCACCACUCUGGCGAGCUCCCAUUGGUCGAUCGGCGAUUAAGGGGAGGUUAGCUGGCUAAGAAGAUAAACAUGAAGGUGAAGCUCCUUCCUCGAAGAGCCAUGUUUAAAAGUACGUAAACGAAAAGGGACAAAUUUCAAAAGCAGCCAUGGUGGAAGUGUUCGCUGGGCGCACUCUGCUCAACAAAGACGGCGACUUUGUAGAGCCCGAGGAAGCGCUGCGGAAUAAGGUGGUGGGCAUCUACUUCUCGGCAGGCUGGUGUCCGCCUUGCCGUGACUUCACGCCCGUCUUGUGUGACUUCUAUACGGAACUGGUGGAAGAGGGCGAGCCCCCCGCGCAGUUCGAGGUGGUCUUCGUGUCGUCGGAUAAAUCCACCGAGGACAUGGUGGAGUACUACCACGACAUGCACGGCGACUGGCUGGCAUUGCCCUGGACGGACGAUUACAAGUACGAGUUGAAGAAGCGCUACAACAUCACGGCCGUGCCAAAACUGCUGAUUGUGAAGGAGAAUGGUGAUGUGAUCACUGACAAAGGCCGCAAGCAGAUCCGAGACAGAGGCUUGGCCUGCUUUCGUACCUGGCUGGAGGCUGCUGAGAUCUUCCAGAAUUUCAAAGGCUAGAACUGUCUUUUCCCAACCUUUAUUGAGCCAAUGCACAUAUAAAUCUCACGGCUCACUAGCAGACAUGAGUAUCACAUAAGGUCAUCCCAGACUUAUGUAUUUAAUUUAUUAAGCUAUGCAUUUUGAGAAAAAGCUCAGGCACAUAUUUUGCACGACAUGUCAUUUUUGAUGUGUAAUUUCACAUCCAUCAUACUGUACCUUUUUAUAAUGUUUUUAUGUGUUAAUAAAAGAAUAUUCUAAAGAC